AAGAGAAAUCAGAAUAAAUACAAAAGUGACAAGUAUUUAAAUUCUAGAGGGAAUGUAACUUGAAAUAAAUGAGUUUGAAUGUUUAUAGAAAAUACCCUGAAAGUUGUAGUAGUUUAUCAACAAUUGAGAAAGUAUGCAGUGAUAGAAUAAAAUUAUACAAAAUAUUCGAAGCAGCAAAAUACAAUAGGCUAGAAGUAGGAACACUACAAUGGUCCAACUAUAUCAUAUCAAAAAUCCAAGAGGUAGAACUUAAGUCAUAUUAUGUUUUAUUGGGCUUAGAAUUGCAAUAUAGUAUGCUUAAGGCCAAAAGAGAAGAUAACCUAGCACACUGGAUGGUUGGUUUAAGUUAUUCUGCAACAAAAGAACAAAUAAAUCUCUUCAUCAACUGGGAGCUUCAAUGGUUCCAUUUACUAUUCAGCAAUUUGAGCAAAUCAAAGAGAGAUGCAUUUUUGAUAGGAAACAAUUUUAUAUGUGAACAUCUAGGACCUGUGAACAAAUUACUUCUUUACGAUAAAUUGAUACAGUGUACAGAAGUUACAGAAAAUGAUUUUGACAGUACAAAGUUUUAUAAGACUGAGUUUUACAAAGUUCCAGAUUUGGUUAGAAAAAAACAGAUACUUUUGGAUAAAGGGUUAGCCAUUUUUCCAGAAGAUAAUAUUGUUUAUUAUGUUAAAAGCAAGUUGUGUAAUGAAUUCUCACUACAACUCGAAUUUCAGAAGAAGGUUGUUCCAAAUGUGGGUAAAUAUCAGUUUUUAAUAGAAGACCUUCCUAAGUACAUUCCCAGACUACUUGGUUGUGAACUGGAUGGUGUAUAUCUGAGAAAUAUUGACCAAAUAGCUGACAAUCAUUUUCCAUUGUGUAUGCAAAAUUUGCAUCAUACUUUAAGAACAAACCAUCAUCUUAAAUAUGAAGGAAAGAUGCAGUAUGGAGUGUUUUUAUACUGGUUAGGUUUGCCAUAUAAAGACGCUAUAACAUUCUGGAAGGAUGAAUUUACUCAAGGCAUCACUGAAGAUUUGUUUAAUAGAAAAUAUUUAUAUCUUUUUCAACAUCAAUAUGGCAAGACUGGUAGAAAAGAGCCGUAUGAACAGUUUUACUGUAGCAAAAUUUUAGAAUAUUCUCCUUUGCCCUCACAGCAUCAUGGAUGUCCUUUCAAACAUUGGUCAAAAUCCAUUCUUUUUGAGAGACUAGAAAGUGAAGUGUCUUGUAUAACAGAUAUAGAGGACCUUGUAACCCAGAAGGAAUACCAAAAAGCAUGUACAACAUAUUUAUGUAAGUCUAGAAAGGUACCACAGCAUGUACUUAAUCUAGAAUUGGAUGUUAUAGAAAGCCCUAUUCAAUAUGUCAAUCAAAGUUUUAAAGCUCUUGAUGUUCUGGAUGUUAUAUUUGAUAGUGAUGAAAAUAUACUAAAUAUUUAAUGUU